AUCGGUGUUUCGCCACCUCUAGCUCUUCCGCCCGCAACUAAAACUAGAAUCUGGAUACGCGUUAAAUGUUAAGAAAAUAAAGACACCGAACUAAUUAAUGAGCCAAAUAUAAGUGAACAGUGCGCGCAAUGUCGUUAGUGACUAGUUGGCAGUGGAAGUAAAGAUCGUGAGGGAUAACAUAGAUCGCCAAUAAGCAAUUCGUGAACAGCGUCUGCCGAGGGACGCUGCUGCAACCAGAAAAAGGAGUGGUAGCUUAGCUGCUCGUCUGUACUGUGGAUAAAACAAACUCGAACGCUGGUGGCCCCAAAGGAACGUCCAUAUAUCCAUAUAAAUAUACUCUAAGUCCGCUCCUGGCGAGCCCCCCAGAAAGAGGCAGAAUCGGGCCAAAAAGAGAACCACAUGAGGUGAACGAUAGAAAUUGGCUGUGCGCCAAUCACACACUCACACGGAUCAACUGUUACAGUGGCAACACCACCACCCCCACAGGAGCAACAGCAACAGCAGCAAUUUCAUGCCACGCUCAGCGAAAGCAGUCGACAGCAGCAACAACAGCAAUAUGUAGGCGCUCCACAGCAACACAUGAAAUACAACCAAGAACAGCAGCAACAACAACAACAACAACAAGAACCCCAACAACAAACCAAUAAUUCCCAAAACAACACAACAACAACAACAUUAAUAAGACAUAUAGAAAUCAGGGAAAAAGCAACGCCACAACGAUAGCCCGGAUCUGGACACAAGAAUGCAGCACGUGAGCGCUGCUAGCUCGGUGCCAUCGGUAGUAGCCCCUGUAGUGACCACUGGUGGGACGACAAUCACCUUGGGCGGUCCACCGCAUCUCCCCAAAUCGGAGCACAAAGAGGAUGGCAAGCCGCCGCACGGCAUUGAAAUGUACAAGGUGAACAUCGAGGACAUUUCGCAGCUCUUCACCUACCACGAGGUCUUUGGCAAGAUCCACGGCGAUGUGGUCAACCAUCAGUUGGCGGCGGCCCACGGCGGACAGUUGCCACCACCGCCGCCGCUGCCGCCGCAGGUGCACAGUCAUGCGGCGAGUGCGGCGGCAGCCGCAGCAGCAGCGUCCACAAACAACGCCGCCGUGGCAGCGGUAAUGGCCUCGGCGAAUGCGGCAGCGGCCGUCGCGGCAGCCGCCUCGGCGGCGGGCGGGGGAGGAGGACUACCGCCGGCCACCAGCGGCAAUGGGGGCCAGCAGGUGACGGUGACGACGACCAGCAGCUCGACGAGCAGCGGCGGGAGCACCACCAGUGGGGGCACCACGACCACGGCGGGUGAGUUGCUUUUGCCUAAAAUGGAGGGCGGCAUUCAUGGCGUGGACGGCAGCGGCAAUGGCGGCGGCGGGCAGAACGUGGCGCUGGCGCCGGACGGGACGCCCAUUGCGACGGGGACGCACGUCUGCGACAUCUGCGGCAAGAUGUUCCAGUUCCGGUACCAGCUGAUCGUGCACCGGCGCUACCACAGCGAACGGAAGCCGUUCAUGUGCCAGGUGUGCGGCCAGGGGUUCACCACGUCGCAGGAUCUGACGCGCCACGGCAAGAUCCACAUUGGCGGGCCCAUGUUCACCUGCAUCGUGUGCUUCAAUGUGUUCGCGAACAAUACGAGCCUGGAGCGGCACAUGAAACGGCACUCGACGGACAAACCGUUCGCCUGCACCAUUUGCCAAAAGACCUUUGCCCGCAAAGAGCACCUGGACAAUCACUUCCGCUCGCACACGGGCGAAACGCCCUUCCGUUGCCAGUACUGCGCCAAGACGUUCACGCGCAAGGAGCACAUGGUCAACCAUGUGCGCAAACACACGGGUGAGACGCCACAUCGUUGCGAUAUUUGUAAGAAGUCCUUUACGCGCAAGGAACACUAUGUUAACCACUACAUGUGGCACACUGGUCAAACGCCACACCAGUGCGAUGUCUGCGGCAAGAAAUACACGCGCAAGGAGCACCUAGCCAACCAUAUGCGCUCCCACACCAACGAGACGCCGUUCCGUUGCGAGAUCUGCGGCAAGAGCUUUAGCCGCAAGGAGCACUUCACCAAUCACAUACUCUGGCAUACAGCAGGCGAGACGCCGCACCGGUGCGACUUUUGCUCCAAGACGUUUACGCGCAAGGAGCAUUUGCUAAACCACGUGCGCCAGCACACGGGAGAGUCGCCGCACCGCUGCUCCUACUGCAUGAAGACGUUCACGCGCAAGGAGCACCUGGUCAACCACAUACGCCAGCACACGGGUGAGACACCGUUCAAGUGCACGUACUGCACGAAAGCGUUCACGCGCAAAGAUCACAUGGUUAAUCAUGUACGGCAACAUACAGGCGAGUCGCCGCACAAGUGCACGUACUGCACUAAGACGUUCACGCGCAAGGAGCACCUGACGAACCAUGUGCGCCAGCACACGGGCGACUCCCCGCACCGCUGCUCCUAUUGCAAGAAGACGUUCACGCGGAAGGAGCACCUGACGAACCAUGUGCGCCUGCACACGGGCGACUCGCCGCACAAGUGCGAGUACUGCCAGAAGACGUUCACGCGGAAGGAGCACCUCAACAACCAUAUGCGCCAGCAUUCGAGCGACAAUCCGCACUGCUGCAACGUCUGCAACAAGCCAUUCACGCGCAAGGAGCACCUGAUCAAUCACAUGUCGCGGUGCCACACCGGCGACCGGCCCUUCACCUGCGAGACGUGCGGCAAGUCGUUCCCGCUCAAGGGCAACCUGCUCUUCCACCAGCGCAGCCACACCAAGGGCCAGGAGAUGGAGCGGCCCUUCGCCUGCGAGAAGUGCCCCAAGAACUUCAUCUGCAAAGGUCACUUGGUCUCGCACAUGCGCUCCCAUUCGGGCGAGAAACCGCACGCGUGCACUCUGUGCAGCAAGGCGUUCGUCGAGCGCGGCAAUUUGAAGCGCCACAUGAAGAUGAAUCACCCGGAUGCUAUGAUGCCGCCACCACCCGUGCAUCCGCAUCCGCAAAUACCGGCUGGCGUGCUGACGCAAGUCAAGCAGGAAGUGAAACCGAUCAUAAUUCCCCACCACUCGGCGACCACCACGAUGCACACCAUCCAGCAGAUCACGGCGGGCGCGGCGGGUGGAGCCGGUGCAGUGCAGCUAACACCGGGCCUGGUGCCCCUGGUGACCUCCACGCUCAUCUCGCACAACGCGGCCGCGCAGCAGCAGUCGCAGAAGCAGCAGGCAGCGGCCGCAGCAGCUGCCCAGCAGCAGGCCGCCGCAGCGGCUGCCGCGCAGCAGCAAGCAGCCCAGCAACAGGCGGCCGCCGCCCACCAGCAACACCAGCAGCAGGUGGCCGCCCAGCAUCAGCAGCAGGCGGCAGUGGCCGCCCACCAGCAGCAGCAACAGCAGUUGCAGCAGCAGCAGCAAUUGCUGCAGUUGUCCAUCCAGCAGGCGGCGCACCAUCAUCAGCAGGAGCAGCAUCGCCAGCAACAGCAGCAGCAGCAACAGCAGCAGCAGCAACAACACCAGCAGCAGCAGCAGCACCACCAGCAGCAGCAACAACAGGGCCAUCCCCAGGCACCGCCGCCGCAGCAGCAACAACAGCCGCCGCCCAUCGCCCUGAUCAGCGAUCCCAGUGCUCUGGCACGCGCCGCCAUUCAGCUGCAGCAUCUGCCAGCGAACGUGGAACAGCACCCGGUUGUUUACUAACAGUAGCCCCUCCUGCACGGCUACACUCCCACCACAGCCCACUCCAGCAGCACGACCAGCACCUCAAUAGCCGCCACAGCGGCCACUGCGUCGACGCAAGCGGCGUGGUGAGGCAUCGUGCCACCGUGCCACCAGUGAGCCCGUGGGCUAGUGAGCUAGUGAUCUAGUGAGCCGAGCUGAUGCAACAUCUCUAUAUAGGACACACAACACACAACACCAUAACAAGCACACCACCCCAUAUACGCAGCUAGUUGUAUGUACAAUAGUUUUAGCAGCGCGCUGGUUACGCAGAUCUGUGGCUCCCCACGAGAUAGUGGUAUGCAGGGGUUCUAGGGUGUUUCGAUUUUUAUAGGCAAACACAGUCGAGCCAUUUUAUCUCAGUAAGUGCAAGUGCAAUAUCGCUUUUUUAAUAGUUAACGAAAAAUAUUUAAUACGGGGUGCCAAGGAAACGCCUUAACAUUUAAAACAAAAGAAAAUUAGGUGACAAUGUGGACUUUUCUUUCGAGACUUCUGUGGCAUCCCUGUAUUUUUAGCAACAUUUUGACAAUGCUUUUAUUCUUGAUAUAUUUUUUUACUCUUUUAAAAUUCUAGAGAAGAAAAACCAAUUUGUAAUCGUUUUUGAUCCCCUAAAAAUCGAGACAUCCUAAUAAAUCAAAUACAGCAGAUUUCGCUCUGUAUUCCCAGAUGCAAUACCAGCUCGCCAAUCGCAAGCAAACAAAGUCAAUGCUCCUCUACUAGUCUGCCGCCGCCAGCUUUAACGUGCAAUACGAAUCAUCUCAUAGUAUGUUCUCUCUCUUUGUGUAUCUUUAAUGCUUAGGCGCUUAGCGUCUAAUUUUAUUCACGUGUUUUCUACAUUUCUGAAAUGUGUGCCAGGCGGCGCGUGAUUUUGGGUGGGUCGAUCGAUAGGUUCUCAAGUGAUUGAUCUGAUUGUCAUUUAGCUGUGCUCAGUGCUACCAUCGAUCGCGAGGACUGUUCGACCCACCCACUCUUCUCGCUAGACACUUCAAAGAAGGGGUUUUGGUGGCCGUAACCAGCGAAUGCGCAUCAUCUUGUAUUUUUAUUGUGUUUCGACUAAGUUAUGAUUAUACCCAUACGGAGCGACAUUCAUAGAAAGCAUCCUCAUCAUACAUAAACAUAUGCAGAUAUGCAUAGGCAUACGAUUAUAAUAUUAUAUACUUUAUAGUUUGUAAAUAACACGCAACAAGACCCUUGGAAAUCUAUCGAAAAUUAUUAUCACGAUUGUAUUAUUUUUUGCAUUUUCCAAGGAGGAUCAUUGAAAACGAGCAAACACGCGUACACCUUCACAUAUAUUGGCCAAGUGUAGUCCUUAACCCAGUUUACAAUGUCAAGCCCCCAUUGUGGGGCUGUGAUUUUGAUUAUGAGAUAUAUAUAUAUUAUUAUAUGACAGCGGAAAAAGAAGCAGCAUAACAGCAGCCACAACUAACGAGAUAAUGAGAAGGGAUUAAACAAGAAUUAUUAUAUUUAAUGUUAGUUGAACUACUAAAAGUAAUAAUUGAGAACGUGGAUCGCAAAAUUGAUGAUAAUGAUAAAGAGCGAGUAGUUUUUAGUUGGGCGUUGUCGCCCAAUCAUUAUGAUUACAAUUACAAUUACGAUUAUGAUAUAUGAAUACUAAACCUAUAACAACAAGUUAUUACCCCACUAUUAAAGUUAACAAACAACAACAACCCAUACAUAUAUAUAUAUAUACGACUAGGCACAACUCUAAAAUUAAUUAUAACCCUUAACUGUGCUUAUGUUGAAAACAACAAACAUUAAGAUCAAGUUAAAGCCGUAACGAAAUAAAUGAAAGAGAAACAAUUAACGAGAACGCCCCAAGCGCCACAAGCAACAACAUAUCUGCUUUAAAUUUUACAAAAAAAAAAAUAAAACUUAAAAUCUAAAAAAAAA